GCUCUGGCUUACUUUGAGCCAGCCACCGGAAAGGAUCGAACCCGAGUGGGCAACCGGUGCAGUAUGGUUCAAGAUUGCUGAGCUCCUCGGGGUGGAGUUGCAACAGCUGAACAAGGCAUGGGAGCCGCUGCUAGCGGCCUUGCGCCGAAUCGAUGUCGAGUUCUCCCAGGGAGAAAACCCCAACAUGUCUCACCAUAUUCCUGUACGCCUUCGACCGUCUCAACAGGAGACCAAGCUGGAGGCCCCGCGUGAUGCUCUACAUUUUGCCGCUUGGAACCUAGGUGGGCCUCACUUCCUUGACAACGAAACGUGGAUGCUGGUCCAUGGAAAACUCCAGCUUGAAUGGAGAGGCAGGGGAGAGCAAAUCCUCACAUGGUGCACUGAACUAGGCAUCAGCCUGAUUGAUUACGUUGCUGCCCGUAACCUUGCGGUCCCCUUCGCCUCGGUAGGUCCCAAAGGUAAGGUCAUGUGGUGUGCAAGGCAGCUGAAAGCCGAUUGCCAUACCGUUCUAGCCUCGACCAUUGGCCCGCAAGCAGACCACCACCAUGCCAUUGCAGCAGUCGCCCAACUCAUUUCUGAGCCAGUCCACCGGUCUCUGAAAUUCCAGGAGUCCGCUAACCUCAAGCAGCUCCGUAGAGCGGCUAAGGGGGCCCCCCCUGGUAGCAAUGCGCGGGCCGCGUGGAAGCAAGUAGGCAAGGUUCUUCACCGGGAAAGGCGGGAGUGGCAAAAAGGCCUAGCAGACAGAGCGGGAAAUAUGGAAUGGAAUGCAUACCGUGCAAUUAAACAAAAGUCGUCGCGGUCCAACUGGGCCGAACACCUGCUAGACACAGACAACUGGGAGGGUGACCUCCACAAGCACAUGACAUUGAUCUUUGCCAAACGUCCCGCUGAUGCCACGAGAGUAGCGAUGCAGGAAAUGAGAGACACGUGCAGUCGGCUGUGUAAGGGGCGCCCAUGGCGCCCCUUCAGCGAAGCAGAGAUGCGAAUCACCAUGGCAAAAUGGAAGCGCCGCAAGGCAACAGGCACCGAUGGGAUCUCCCUUGAAGCGCUACAACUCCUCUUUGAGGAUGCACGGUGGCGCCCUCGCAUCGCCGAGUUGAUCAACGAUAGCCUCUACAAAGGGGAGCUGACCCCUUGGGUCGCGGAAGGCGCCUCUGUCCUCCUCCCCAAAACGGCGGUUCCCAAAGGCUGGUCUGACACCAGACCGAUCACCUUAUCCAGCGCGAUCCUCAAGUGGAUCGCCCAACUCCUCCUUCUUCGGGGGACCCCCGCCCUCCUCGACUGUUGUCAGCACCAAUGGGCGAGCAAGGGUAAGCGAGGGGUUGAGCUCAUUUUGGCAAUGCGCAAAUUAGCACGAGUGGCACAUGAAUGGCGCACACCGUUUUAUGUAGUGAAAAUUGAUAUAGCUAAGGCCUUCGACUCUAUUGCGCAGGAAAAACUAGGCGACCUGGUUAUGAGAAAGAUUGCACAUCGGGGUGAAAUGCCCUGGGAAGCUCGUCUAUGGCUCAGUCUGCUCGAAGCAAGACAACUGAAUUUCUACGUGCAAAAAUACAAAGUCCCAGUCACCCAAACCAACGGAGUGCGCCAAGGCAGCCCUGACAGCCCUGUCCUUUUUGCAGCCGAGAUUGGGGAAACCCUCGACGCAGUGUUGCAGAGUGUCCGGGGAGGUAGUCCCCCACAGGUAGGCCGCCACAACGCCUUGACGCCGCCACCGCAUUCAGGUGCUGCUUUUAUGGACGACACCUAUGUCUGGGGAGAGUCCCCGGAAUAUGUCCAAGAAGUCCUCUGUGAACUUGAAAAACGGUUCCUUGAACUAGGGCUGCGCAUCAAUGCAAAAAAGACUCAGGUCAUCUCCAACCUGCCAGAUGACCCCUUUCGGUUCACUAUAGGCGGAGCCGGCCCGAGCCCAAGCCCGCAUGUCAUUGCCGUUGACUCCAGUGGUGAAAGCGACCUUUCCGAUGUCCCCUGGGUGACGGACAUGCCUGUGCCCGAGCCGGGGCUCAUCCCCGAACUUCCUGUACACCUUCGGCAUCCUCGACGGCUUUCCCGGGACUACGUGAACAACGAGCUCGAGUACAAGGGGAACCAACCGCAUGCCGGGCAUCCUCAAACCAUGGCGUACCAAGGGGGCAUGGUCCCCCAAAGUUCCCAAGGCCAAGACGCAGGAGCCCAGAGCAUCCCGGCAUACAGGAUUGGCUAUGCUCCCACCUACGAUCCAGCAGCUGACCCAUGGCACGAGGACGGUUUUUUCCCUGGAGUUUCGCCAGCCAUGAGCGCUUCCUUGUCGACGCCACAGUACCCUCUGACGCAACCACAACAACCACAAGCUCAGCCCUCCUACGCCAAUGCCUACCCGUACGGCCCAUGGGAAGAUGAAGUGGACCAGCCAUCGCCAAUAAUCACGGCACAACCUGCUGCGCCGCAACAACCACCUCACCUACUUCAGCAAGGCCAGUUCGACCCGCCGACAAUGGACCCCUGGAACGUUAUCGCCAGGCGCUAUGCCUCCUCCGGACCCCUACUACCGCCAGACCAAUGGGGCCACAAUGCACUGGGACUUGCCGGGGGACGACGCCCCCAACAGCCUGGGUCACCUAGCCUCAGCGAGGCCACCACAUGUGCUGGCGAUGACACUCACAUGGACUGCAUGGAUGAAGAAGCUGUGCCAGAAGCGGCUCCCCAUGAUGCAACAACCACAGGGGAGUCAUCCCCGGAUGACGUCACAGAGCCAGCUGAAGCCCAACAGGACAACGACGAGGAGUACGAGCCAACCGAUAACCAACAAGAUGACGAUUGGGAGAGUGACACCUCCGACAGCGAAGAUGAUGCCGAGAACGACGAGCCCGAGUCCACCACACCAGCCACGGGGAAGAAAACCCCCAAGCGAGCAGCAGGACAUGGGUCCCAACGCCUGGCCAACAAAGCCAAAAAAUCCGACGUCAAGAAGAGAUGGCGCGAGCUGGAGUGGGGGAAAAAACCACAGUGGUUGAGUUGGCGAGGCACAACAUGGUCCCCUCCAAGCCAGUCGGUGGUGCGACAUCCACCGCGCCAAAAUGUGGAGCCUACCAUUGUGAUUUACAAAUUCUGGCUCGUCGUUAUCGACCAAGCACCACAGCCAACAGCAGACCGAGCAGACCGAUUACCACUGCGACAAGGAGACAGCUUUUGGCUCGAAUGGCGUGGACAAGAACGGACCUGGCAACGCCGACCGCGAUUCUACAACGAUGUCAACGUCCUGGGGGGAUUCGCCGUCAUCCCCGAAACACAGGCUCCGCGUCCACCCACUCCGCCGCAGCGGCGUGACCCCACGACCCAAAAGGCCCAGCCCAAUUAUCAGGGAGGUUUCAACCCUCAGCGCUUCGUGGACACCAGACCUUUGAGGGGCAGACUGAUACCACCAUCAACCAGCUCCUCCCCAUCUACGGCCACCACCAGCAGUCCGACCUCAAGGCAGCAGCAGCAGCAAGGCGAUGCCAACACGCUCGAGCAGCCCCCCACACCCUUGCAAGCACGCCAAGCCGUGAGGACAACACAAGCUGAGCAACGGCAACCUCACCGAGGGAACCCCCAGCGAGCGGCGAGCAAAGCAAAGCCCCCCCCACCGCCCACCACCUCCUCUGGCUCAGAGUCUGAGACUAGCUGGCCCAGCGAAGACCCAGCGCCACCUGAAGGGGAUGAUGCAGCUCUUACUCAGAUUCGGGCGAACAUGACGAACACGAGGCUAGCUACGCCUAUUUCGAUGCCAGGGGAUGUGAACUCCUUCAUGCAACAGCGCCGCACCACACCUACGACAAGCACCUCAGGGGAGCAGGCAGGGGAGAUGCUGCCACCACCACGUGACCCACCUCAACCACCACAACCUCCUGCGGAUCCAGCCCCACAACCACUCGAACCAGAGAACCCUUGGUACUCAGUGGCAGCCAACUUUGACGGCGAGUUCACGGUGAGUGGCCUGCUCCGGGUCCUUCAAAAGAUCCUACACGAGAUGCUCCAGCAGACCUUCGCCAUGCCGAACGAGUACAUCACCCAUCUGGCAUAUCACUCCUGCUACUACAUCUCCAAGCUCAUGAGCACCAACGACCGCCAACUUCAGCGCCAGGAACAGGGGGAAGCCCCUAGCGAAGCAAACGGACCAGGACCGACAGCUAUGGUUUUCUGCAUCACGAAUCCCUUUGUGGAAGCAGAAGCAGCACUAGACAGCUUGGUACAACAUCAACGUGAUCUACCACGACGACAUCUCCUCAAAGAACUCCGACGAGCUGAAGCACUCCUAAAGGAUGGCAGGGCUAUUUUCAAAAGCUGGUCAAGGAACCCAAACGCACCUGGCGCUUUACCGGGGACUGCAGCCUCGCAAAAUGCCCUGGACGGCAUAGAUUUCUCCUUCCUCGCCAGCGAAGAAGGGGGGGUCGCAAACCUUGACGAGUCCCUGCGUAUUGCUCUGGCUGCAACACAACGAUGCAGCCACUACAUGAAUCAGCUCUUGGACUGGAUUCAGGGGCAUUUCCAAGCAGAGAACGCGGAGGGUAGCCCCUCGCCGAAAAAGCGGAGAGUUGAGAGACCUUCCGGCAGCGACUGCCGUCCUGACUUUGCUCCCGAGCCAGCCGACACCACGCUACCAGCCAACAGCCAAACGGGGGAACCACCACGGGAAGUACCGGUACGCCCUGACGAUCCUCGACAGCACGACCCUGCACUACCACAUCGAGAUCCUGGAGGAGCUGAGCCGGGGGCCGCCCCGUACAACAUCCUACGAGCCCAGCAACUGUUGGAAGGAGUCAUGCCCUUCACCGAACAAGAGGUGGCGACAAGCCUUCAGGAAGUGCACUCCUUGCUUUUCCAAUGGACGUCAAGCCUAUGGGGUGUACCCAUUGUGCUAAGCGACAGCCUGGGCAGCGAAGGGCCUUCAGCCACACCGCACCCUCAACUCGAAGAGGGACAAGAAGCUUUGCCUACACUACCUGCGGGAAACAGCAGUGAUGAGACCGAGACAGUCACGGUGGACUCGCACCGCCUGGUAAAGGAAAGAGAGAGGGACGGAGGGAGAGGAAGUGAGGAGGCUGAGAUCCACGGCAACUUGGAGAGGCGGCUUCACACUCUGAAGGCACCCGCUAGCAUCCAUUACCCAGCAAAUCUCACAGGCAUACAGUAUCAGUGGAACAUCUUGCACGGCUUCGCUGAGUUGGCCCAAGCAGGGGCCAUGUCACAUGGCUCCAUCUCCGAGAGUGAGGGGAUGCUGGACCUUCCGAUUACAUCGGACCACCUCCGCAAUGCCCAUGAGGAGGUCGGCAAAUUCGACGGGUCAGGGCCCAGGUCUCGCAUGGUUUUGGUCGGUGGAACUGCCCUGGUCUCCUUUGCCCUGGUGAAGCGAAGCCGGGCUGUCAAGAGAGCUAUGCGAGUUGCUAGGCCGCUGCGUCAGCCUGCCUUUGGCUGGACAGUCUCGGUGCCGUCGGCAAGUCUAAGUACGGCUCUUGUCCUACCAGUUGCAAAUCGGCGAGCGAAGACGUGCACAGCGUCGGCCCUGAAGGGCGUUGCAGCGAAGCUGCGAGAUGCUGAAAACUUGGAGCCCAAAUCUCCACCCGAGGACGAUAGCCCUCGCCCUGCUGCCGAGCCGAAGCGUUCCACACGGCACGCUGCAUCUGAAAAUUCUCCUGGGACUGAGCUCCUUCUAGAGCUUGAGGAGAUUUUUGAUGCAUGCGCUCCACCCAAAGGGUGUCUGUGUGAAGGGUCUUUCCAAAGAGUGGUGGCUCUCUUGAACGAACGGUUCGGUGUGGGAAUUCAAUGUCAUGACGCAGAGCGACUUCGGAUUCAAUGCCAGAACGGACGAGGCGAAGUUGACCGCGGGGUCUUUCUCAGUGAGGUGGGCACCCUCUUGAAAGCACUCAGGUCUUCUCAGGGCCUCUCACUCACGCAGCUUCGGAUCAUUAUGGCGACGGCGUUUGAACGCUUCGACACAGAUGCAGAUGGCAACAUCAGUGAGACCGAGUUUGCAGCCGCCUUAUCCAGUUGCGACAUCCAUCUGAGUGGGAGUGAAAUAGCGGUGCUUUUGAAGCUCUUGUCGCCGGGCUCCACAGACGACGCGGUCUCUGUGAUGAGAGAGGAGCAAGUUCAGGCAGCUUUCGAGGGCGCACGCGAGAAGUUAGCCGACGCCACGGGAUGGAACAGUGCGCUGACGAUGGCAGAGCGGUUGCUUGCCGUCUUCAACGAGCCAGGCACCCCGAAGAGCCAGCUUUACCGCGCGAUUGCUGCUUUUGUCGGGAAGGAUGUGACAAGUGAGAUGUUGGCUGACACAAGCGAGCUUCUCAUCACCUUGGCAAGUGCGGUGCUUGUGUUGCAAGCCCAUAGCCAAGAAGGGCAGAUACUUCCGGCUGAAUGGGUGGGUCAGUUCGGAGUCCUUGCAAAUGACAUGACCGGUGCAUUCAACGAUCUUUUCGACUCCGGCCCAAUGGGCCCCGUGCUGUUGUCAGGGCUCCUGGGAGCCUUCAAAUCCUUGCGGACUCAUGAGCAAGUGUCCCUGAGUGAGAGAGAGGCUUUGCUCUUUGCUCGUGGCUUCCACGACAGAGGCUGCUCUACAACUCUCUUUCAAAAGCUGCUGGCAUGCGGGCAUUGCCAAUGGACAUUUGCUGCAGCAGGAGACAUGUUGGAGGGAUCGACGACAGGGCAGGUUCAAAUUCUCGUGCGCGGGGAAGUAGAAAUGCAGAGUUCAGAGAAAUGUCUGACUAUCCAACCCGGCGAGGUCAUGAAGAGGUGCUGUGAUGGCGAGAAGGUGAUUGCAUCUGCCAGUGCAUUAUACGUCACCCUUGAUGCUGAACAGCUGGCCCAGUGCGUUCAGAACUCCUCCGACAGUCUCCUUGUCGCACUGGCCACGGAGCUUCUGGAUGAUGUCGGGAUCGAAGAAGCGGGCGAGGUGGAAAGCCGUCUCGAAGUGCGAGAAGACACCGGGGCAAGGUCUCAAAGCCCGGAUAGCUCGGAAAGUACGCAAGGAUGGCUUUCGCCUCUCAAGGCGGCCCUGCAGGUGCAAGCCAAGCGAAAGGGCUUCUCAUUAUGCACAGAAAUCACCGAUGGCUUACAGCACAUCAUAUCACAAACGGAUAUUUCCAUGCCGGAGAAAUUAGAGAGGUGUCGCGCACUGGUCCUCGACAAUGCAGAUGUUUUCGUUGAAAGCUUCGAGGCGCUUGUGGAUAUAACUGGAGCUUGUUCUGCACUUCUUGCUCUGUGGAACCAUUCUUCAGCUCCGACACCAGAGAACAUUCUCCAGCUGGCUCCAAUAAUGAUUCUCCUGAGUCUAGUCCUUGUGCACGCUGCACGUCGUGGUGCAUCGACCGUUUUUAGCUCCCUGGGUGUGGCGAGUCCAUAG